CCAUACAGUCAUUCACAUUCUGACAAAUCUGAAGUGUACGCUAAGCGAAUCGCUGAGCAAUUUAAGUGUAUUAAGUCAUUGAUUUGUGUUAAAUAAGUGUUUAAAUACCCGACAAUGUCAAUGUAUCCACUGUUUUUCGAAUAUGAGCGUCCACGACCACGGCAGCAUCUGUUGGACCAACAUUUUGGCUUGGGAUUAACGCCAAAUGAUUAUCUUACCAUUCUUGCGGUUCCACAAGCAAACAACAACUAUUACAGGCCGUGGAGGAAUCUCCGAGCGUCUAAUGAAGACGAAGGAUCGACGAUUAAAAAGGAAAAAGACAAAUUUCAAGUCAAUUUGGACGUCCAGCACUUCACUCCUGAGGAGAUUUCGGUAAAGACAGCCGAUGGUUAUUUAGUUGUGGAAGCUAAACACGAAGAGAGACAGGAUGAGCAUGGAUAUAUUUCUCGAAGUUUCGUAAGGCGGUAUCCUUUACCAGAAGGCAUUGAAGAGUCAUCUGUAACGUCUAAGCUCUCUUCAGACGGUGUGCUGUCCAUCACAGCGCCAUUGAAAGCUCCACCUAAGUCUUCAAAUGAACGAGUUGUGCCCAUCAUCCAGACUGGUCCCGUGAAGAAGCAAAUAGAAGGAGAGAAGACCGAAUAAGUGAUAAUACUCUUUAAUUUUAUUUUGUUUUUGCCUUUGCGAUGUUGGACUUUUGUGGUAUGAGAUGUGGUUGAGUGUGUUUUUAUGUCGAUAACUGCUUUUGUUUAAUAAAUUAUUUCUAGUCAUAA